AUGGAGAAAACCCCAUUGAAUAUCGUUGAUGAUGUCGCUGCCGCUGCUGCUACUGCUAUGAUUUUCGGUGCUCUGUACAAUCAGGCAGGGAAGGAGGUUGUGGACUUCCUCUUUAACCUCUUGGCCUUACCUGCAGGAACUGUUGUCAAGCUCCUCACUAAGGACAACAUGGUUGGUUCUUUGGGCAAUCUCUACAAAAGAGUAGAGAACCUAAGUGAAUCCUACUUAGAACCAAACCAAACCAAGCUUACCCUCCUAGAACCCAAGCUUCCUACUGGUGUUUCCCAAGUUCCUUUCCUUUUGUCCAAUCGAACCUCACCUAGUGACAAAGGUGGUGCACAUUUUUAUAGGUGCAGCAACGGUUGUAACUAUUUAAGCAGUAUCUGUGGUAGUCGUUGUCCUAGUAAUGGUUAUCAACAUCAGCUCUCAGUACAGAUGACUUACGUUGCUGAAGCAGGAACAGCAGAGGAGCUGAGAUGCAGAGAUAAUGAAGCAGGAUAUGUGAAGGGAUUGGUGACUUAUAUGGUGAUGGAUGAUUUGUCUGUGACACCCUUCUCUACCAUAUCUGGUAUCACUCUCUUGAACAACUUCAAUGUCAGGGAAGUGGGUUCUCUUGAAGAGAGGGUUUUUGAUUUGGAAAAGGCAGGGAAGGAGGUUGUGGACUUCCUCUUUAACCUCUUGGCCUUACCUGUAGGAACUGUUGUCAAGCUCCUCACUAAGGACAACAUGGUUGGUUCUUUGGGCAAUCUCUACAAAAGAGUAGAGAACCUAAGUGAAUCCUACUUAGAACCAAACCAAACCAAGCUUACCCUCCUAGAACCCAAGCUUCCUACUGGUGUUUCCCAAGUUCCUUUCCUUUUGUCCAAUCGAACCUCACCUAGUGACAAAGGUGGUGCACAUUUUUAUAGGUGCAGCAACGGUUGUAACUAUGUAAGCAGUAUCUGUGUUAGUCGUUGUCCUAGUAAUGGUUAUCAACAUCAGCUCUCAGUACAGAUGACUCAUGUUGCUGAAGCAGGAACAGCAGAGGAGCUGAGACGCAGAGAUAAUGGAGCAGGAUAUGUGAAGGGAUUGGUGACUUAUAUGGUGAUGGAUGAUUUGUCUGUGACACCCUUCUCUACCAUAUCUGGUAUCACUCUCUUGAACAACUUCAAUGUCAGGGAAGUGGGUUCUCUUGAAGAGAGGGUUUUUGAUUUGGAUAUUAAUUUGUACUCAUGA